AUGGUACCAUAUGAAAGAUAUCAAAAGUUGAAGAGAAAAGGCAAGGAAUUACAAGUUGUAAGUAAUAAUGCUAUUAUUCCUGAAUAUAUAUGGUGUCAAGAUCUUGGUUUUGAUAGGUUAUCGAGAGAACUUGAGAAGUCACGUAAAAGAUUAAGAAAUUUAAGAAGAGAGAAGGAACAACUUUUAGAUCGUAUUUGCAUUUACGAAAAACGAAACAAUAAUAUAACUUCUGAUAGUGACUCUAAUUCCUCGUCAGAUGGAGAAGAUGCUGAAAAUAAUAUACAAAAUAACAUUAUUCAACAUCAUCAAAUUCAACAUAACCAUAAUCGUCAUCAAAAACUUAAUGGAACUUUAACAAUUAAAGGGAAUCCUAGUAAAAAACCAUUGAAUACCAAAACAAUGAAAGUACAAUAUGUUGAAAAAGAUGGGGAGGGAAAUUAUAAAUUACCUGUUCAAGUUGGAAUAUUGACUGUCUUAGAUUUAGGUCAUGUUGUUUAUGAUCGUGAAGCUUUUCAUAAUGAUCGGUAUAUUUUCCCUGUUGGAUAUACUAUCAGAAGGUCAUAUAAUAGCAUGAUUGAUCCUAACAAUCAAACAAUGUAUACUUGCAAAAUUGAAGAUGGUGGAAGUGGCCCUAAAUUUAUUAUUGAACCUGACGAUCGACCAGGAAAGUCAAUAAUAGCAAACACAGCAACAGGUGCAUGGACAACAGUAGUCCGUGAGGCUAAUGCAAUCAGACAACGUAAUCAUUCAAAUUCAGCAUCUGGUCCUGACUAUUAUGGGUUCUCUCAAGCAACUAUACGAAAAAUGAUUCAAGAUCUUCCUAACGCUGCUAGAUGCAAAAAUUAUUUAUUACAAAGUUUUGAAGUUAUGAAAUCACGUAAUGGUGCUGGUGGUAGUGGAAAUAAACGUCGUCUGCUACUUGAUGCUGGUGGUAGUGUAAAUAAACGUCGUCGUGUAAAUGGUAGCGACGCUGGUGUUAAUGGUACUUUUAGUGUUGAUAAUCGUGAUUUUGAUAAUGGAAAUAGAAGUGAUGGCACGAUGAAAUCUCAAAAUACUGUUUAA